AGGAAUCCCAAUGAUGACAAAACAACAAGCACAACACAGACCCAAGUGAAUUCAAAGGAAACAUGAAACGGUGGAACGUACUUGAUAAUGAUGAUGAUGCAUAAAUGAAUAAAAUUGAUUGGGGAAAGUACAAACGGGAUAUCUCUUGCGUCACGCUGCAUCCUUGAAUUAUAAAGAAGAAUAAUGCACUUAAUAUAUUAACCUUAACCAUGUAUAGAAUUCUAUGCACGUUCGCUGCUCACAUAAUAGCCCAGAUAUUUAAUUCACUAUUAGCACUUCUGUUUCCUCAGAAAUCAGAGAGGAGGGCAGGGGUGAAAAUGUAAGCAUUUUCUCAUCAUAUUCAAUCGUUUGUAAUAGAUAAAAGCCUUUCAUCGACCGAGUAGCCUAAGGAGUUUAAAAGCUAGAAACCAAAGGCUUUCUUACGGCUGGCCACAUAUUCGUAGUAAAACACACCAGGAGUAAGAGAUCUACGAGAUACUUCAGGAAAAAAAUGAUGAAGUGGGACAAUGAUAUGGACACAAAUGCGAAGAUGUAUUAAGAUAUGAGAUGUGAAGACUUAUUUGAAAGCUCUCGAUUCUCGGCCCCUUUGACUGAAAUAAACAUUAAUUCGCUUAUUAAUUAGUUCUAAUAGUUUUGUGAUUGCUAGUAUAGCAAGGAAGACCAGAAACAACACGACUUGUCGUCGAAUUAUAUCUCUAAACCGAAAACGAUUGGGUUCGAACGGUUCUAGGUUAAGACCAGGUGGUCAGAACUGAAUAUGUCUCUAAGCUACAAUUAUCUUUAAUACGAGUUCUUAACGUCUAAACCAAUACCAGCAAUAAAGCACUUAGAUACUUAUUUCCUAAGUCAGAUAUCUUGACCUUUUCAAUUAGAAGUCGGCUGAGAAGGUUACGGUGUUACAUUUAGAGGCACGAAUAUAAGGCAAGAUGGCUUUACUUGAGAAGCAAUGGCUGUUGCUAUCGUUAGGGAUAUUUCUUGCACACGCUCGGCCGAAAGUACCCGAUUACAGGGACGAUGUACCCGAACUGUACGAGGGAGACAUGGCACUAACUAAACAACAGGUCAAAAUUCUUAAGCCGUCACGGCUAACCUUCAACAAAGCAGCGGACUUGAAUCAAGAGGCUCAAACGAGAGGCGCCAUAGAGAACGUGCGUCAACUCUGGCCAGACGGAAUCAUCCCAUUUGAAAUAAGUUCACAGAUUGACGCUAGAGGAAGGCAACUGAUUAGAAACUCGAUGAAAGAUUGGAUGGAUCAUGUUCCCUGUAUUCGAUUUAAACAGAGAGAGCAAGAGAAAGGAUACAUCGAGUUUGUUUACAAGGAGGGCUGCUGGUCGUAUGUUGGUCGUAUUGGUGGACGUCAAGAAGUCUCUAUUGGACGGUUCACGGAGGAUCCUCCUUGUGUACAAGGAGCAAUCACUCACGAAUUAGGACACGCCAUCGGAUUUUUCCAUGAACAGAAUCGACCUGACAGGGAUUAUUACGUCAAAAUCAACUGGCAGAACAUCGUCAGUGGGUCAGACAGAAACUUUGAAGAAGUUAAAGAUAGUAUGAUAGACAGUCGAGGUCAGCCAUAUGACUACGGAUCCAUCAUGCACUAUUCCAAGUACUCAGGGAAUAAUCGUCCUGGACUUAUAACGAUAAAGGCUAAGGAUCCUACAGCAGAAAUUGGUCAGCGUAAAAGCCCUAGUAAAGGUGACAUAACGCAAGCUCGGCUUAUGUAUGGCUGUGGCGGAACCAAAGAUGGAGAUAAAAAGCCAGAAAACAAGCCCCCCGGACCUGAACCAGAGGCACCUCUAUAUCCACCUCCCGGCCUUGGCCCUCUCCGACCUGACACAAGUGAAUCCAAAGGAAACUUGAAACGGGGGAACAUAGUUGAUGAUAGAGCAAAUGAAUAA